AUGAGGAUCUAUAAAGGCAUUUUCUCUGUGCUUGUGCUAGUUAAUGCUCACCAGUGGACGGAUUAACCUACCCGUUGCUAAACAGAUGCAAUUUCCGACUGAGCAUUAGUUCAUGGAGCUCAGACGGCAGGAUCUUUAACCACCUUUCCUGCUGUCAUUUUCUGCUAUGCCAGAGAUGGUGCACUAAAUCAGUUUCUGAAGAAGGCUUGAGUUGUAAUUUGUUUGGAAUUGGAGUGCUGAAUGAAGACUCGAUGAAGAAUUGAGCGAUCGCUUUGCUUUUUUUCUUGAAUAUUGAUGUGUGAACAGCUUGAAAUUAUGCUGACACAGAGGCAGAGAGACUGAAGUGGCUCCCCAGUCUCCUGGUUACCUUGAACUGCUCUGCCUUACUUCAAGAUUGUUCUUUCUCUCUAAAUUUGGAAAAAUAGAACGCCUGAGAUUUUCUUCUCUGAAUUGAGAGUUUGCAAUCAUGCUCAUCAUGGUAACAAUACUUUUAUUGAUGCUUUGUAGUAGCACUGGAAGUGAUGAUCAGCCAUGGGGCUACACAGCUGAAAAUAAAGCAUUGGAGUUUGGGGCUGUACCUGCUAGCAACUAUGUGACUCAGGUAUAUUACGAUCCAGGACUUGAAGGAAUCCUGUUCCAGCUGGCACGUACAUUUCUGCAUGUCGUACAACCAAAUCCUUUUCCUCAAGAAUUGAUCAUUGAGGUAAUAAAGCAGAACUACCAACACGUUCUUCAGCAGUAUCAAGAGUCAGAAAAUGUUGUUCUGAUGCUACAGAUAAUCUACUAUGAGAUUGGUUUCAUCAUCUGUGCAGCUUUGGGAAUUGUGUUUAUACUGCUCAUGCCUAUUUUGGGCCUGUGUUUCUGCAUGUGCCGUUGCUGUGACAACUGUGGAGGUGAGCUGCACCAGCGGCAGAAGAAAAAUACUGAUUGCAGAAGAAGCUGCUUUGCAACAUCCUUGCUGCUUGUAACGGUACUCAUAACGGCAGGGACCCUGUGCAUGUUUGCAGCAAAUCAAAACUUUACCAACCAAAUUAAAGGUGUUAAGAAGCUGGUCAACAACAACUUCCAGGAUCUACACACUUUGCUCGAUCAAGCACCAACACAAAUAAAAUAUAUCAUACAUCAAUAUGACACAACCAAGAACAGAGCAUUCUCUGAUCUUAACAAUAUUGACCGUGUACUUGGUGGUAAAGUGAAAGUUCGCUUUGCAAAGGAUGUUAUUCCUGCGCUGGAUGCUUGCUUCCACAUGGCCAAAGCCAUCAGAGUAAGCAAGGAAGCUUUAGAGAAGGUGAUUGUCUCCAAGCGAACAUUAGAGGAAGCAACCAGCAAUCUCCAGGGAAACCUGUCUGCUGUACGAACAGAUCUCGGCAACACACUGAAUGACGCAGCUUGCAAAGCACCAGGAACUGUUGACCAAUGUGAUGACAUAAGGGCUUCACUGGACACCAUCAGCAUCAAUGUAAAUUUUAGCCAGUUAGAUAAUGUGGAUUCUGAACUUGCCAAAGUGAACGAUGUGUUGAAAACUGACUUUGAAGACUUGAUUCAGAAGGGACAUGCGUCAUUUAACAAAACUCCAGAAAUAAUUGAAAAUGAAACCAAGGCAGUUUCAGCAGAUGUAAAGAAGGUUCUCAAUGAUGUUGGUAAUAUGGUUUCGGAUUUCAGUAAGAAACCAGCUAUUGAUGACGUGAUCAAUACUUCUACUGCGUAUCUCAAUCAGGGUCAGAGAUAUUUUCUUGAGUAUCUUCCUUAUUUGGAAAAGUAUGAUUUCUACAGAUGGCUCGGUGGAAUUGCACUCUGCUGUUCAGUUGUGCUUAUACUUACUUUCAACUACCUUGGUUUGCUGUGUGGAUCCUGCGGCUUUGACAAGCAUGCUUCGCCAACCACCAGAGGCUGUGUAUCCAACACGGGAGGCACCCUUCUUUUAGCUGGUGUUGGAGUCAGCUUCAUCUUCUCCUGGCUUUUGAUGCUGGUAGUUGUGGUCACAUUCCUUGCAGGAGGAAAUGUAGAAAGACUCAGCUGUCAGUCUUUUAAAGACAAGAGUUUAUUUAAGCUUUUAGAUACUCCUUAUUUAUUGAACUCGCAGUGGAAAAAUUUCCUUUCUGGAUAUCUGUUUUCUGACUACAACGUAAACCUCACCUUCGAUCUAAACCUCACUUUUCAGAGUGUGUACAGCAAGUGUCGCAGAAAUGAAGGAGUAUAUUCAGCCUUCCAGCUACAACAUGUAUUCAAUAUUAAUGAUGUAAAUUUCAAUGCAUAUACAGCUAAUGUGACGGACAAAUUCAGCAAUGUUGAAGUGAACUUUAGUAGCAUAAUAAUACUGGAGGAAGAGGCUAAAAUUGGUCUGCGUGAUUUCACUGAUACUGGCAUUGACAAGAUAAAUUUUGCUGCCUAUUUCAAUGAGAUUAAAAAAAAUGUGACUAAGGUGGACCUUGGGGUAUUUGCAAAUGAUCUAGUAGCAAAAGUAAAUUCACUGCCCGCAGGAGCCUUGGCAAAUGCAUUAAGAAGAUAUGCAAACAAUAUUCGGGAAAUAUACAGGCAGCAAGUGAUACCUCUCGAAGCAGGAAUGAGAUAUGUUGAAGCACGGAGUACGUUGAAUCACAGUAUUGGAUUACUGCAGAACAUAGCAGCAGGCUUAAAGGUGAAAGUGGAAGGUAUAAUUACUGCUGUUGAAUCUGCUCAGUAUCUAAUUCACCACAACGGCACUGAGAUCGUAAAGCAGGAAAUCUAUCACUUCAUGAAGAAUCUAAUUGGCUACUUCACAGAAUAUUUAGAGUGGACCGAAGAUGUUAUGAACAAUGAAGUUGCAAUCUGUAAGCCCGUUGCUAAUGUGGUGGAUACAGUUGAUAUGAUACUAUGCGGUUUUAUUGUGGAUUCCUUGAAUGGAUUUUGGUUUAGCCUUGGGUGCUGUACAAUAUUUUUAAUUCCAAGUAUUAUAAUUGCUGUGAAGUUGGCCAAAUUCUAUCGACGGAUGGAUACAGAGGACGUAUAUGAUGACAUUGAGAUUAUCCGUAUGAAAAUUUUGGAAAAUGGUAGUAAUGGUUAUCAAAAUGAGCAUUCACAUGAUAAUCAAAGUCCAGUUUUAAUAAGCGCUCUACCAUAUGAUACUUUGACCAGAUUUCCCAGGGCUUCUGCUCCGCCAAAGCAUUCUGGUUGGUGAGACACACCUGUCUUUGGGUUUGUUAAGCAGUAUAAUGGAAUACUGGUAGAUGAACAGGGCAGCUUCUUGGAGGAGAAACUUCACCAGUUUAUGGGUGCAACAACAGCUUCACAGAAGGCCUUCAAAUGAUUUCAGCCUCGUCAUAGUCAAUAUGCACCUUAUUAACCACGUGUUAAGAUAUAUUGGGAAUAAACAAUUGAAGUUACAGUGUACUUACAAAAAAAAUGCCUUGGUCUAUGGUCAAAUGGUAUCAACGUAACUACAAGUCUUGCUCAGUGAUUGAUUGAAAGAUAAUCGGGUACUAUUUUUCCAUUUCACAGAGUAUUUUAUAUAAUUUUCAAUUUACGACUCCACAACAACUGGUGUUUCAGUCGAAUCUUUUCCUUAUUGGCUUGUAACUUGUUACUUUAGCACUUUUACUAACAUUUUUGUUACAUUUGUUCAUGUAUAAUUUAAACUCUGAGCAGUUUAAAACAGAUUUUGGAUAACUCAAGCUGAGUGAAAUUGCGUUUUGUAAUUUUGAAGGUAGAUUGUUUUCUAUACGUAAACUGUGGAUUGGGUAAAAUAUUUUACGUGAAACAAGUUUAGAAGUGUUAAUGCAAUAAUACACUAAAAUUGGAUUUGUGCUGUUGUGUUAUAUGGACGGCUGUUCAAACUAAUGAAGAGAUUUAUUUUAUGUGAAAAGUAGUUUAUGAAUCCUUUUGUUAAAUACAUUGAAAACCACUCUUCAAAAGCCUGUAGUAAACUAUUAUAGAAGAAAUUAAGAAAACUUCUGAUUGGGACUUCAACUGUUUUCUUUGAAAAUAUUAAUACCACUGUAGAGUAUUUCGGUGAAAUUGGUUAGAACAUUAAGUUAACAUGAGGCUGCCUGAACCUACCAAACAUGCGCAACAAUUUAAAGGAUACAGUAUUCAAAGUAUUUAAAUGAGUUUAUCUCUGUUAUUGUGUAGUUCAGUUGCUUCAUUGUUGGGUAGAAUGUGCAAAUACUGUACACUUUAAUUAUAACUUUUUUUAGAAUUUGUAAAUAAUGUCCAAAGUUGUAGAUUUAUGGGAUUUCCUCUAUUUUGAAUAUUCAAUAAAAUAUCUUGGAUAUUG